AUGCGAAAAGACUCGCACCAAUGCCAUAGCAUUCAUCAAAGCCAGAAACAUCUGAAAUGGAGCAAAAAGCAACCACCAGUCUUGAAAGUCGAUCCUGGAGACGUUGUAACAUUCGAUUGCAUCGAUGGUGGUAACGGACAAAUCAAGCCGAGCUCAACUGCCGAUGAGCUUCUCAACUUCGACGUCAGCCUCGCCGACCCGGUGUUUGGCCCUGUCUAUGUCGAAGGCGCGGAGCCCGGUGACGCUCUCGAGGUGGAAGUACUCGACCUCCAAACCGAAGAUUGGGGAUGGACUGCCGUGAUGCCAAACUUUGGCCUUCUCGCGGACGACUUCCCAGAAGCGAGUCUGAAGAUCUGGUGUCUGCCGAAGGAUGAUGAUCGCAAAUUGGCUUACUUUAAUGAUGACAUUCAGAUCCCGAUCAGACCGUUUAUGGGAACGAUGGGCGUAGCGCCUGGCGAAGAUGGAGAGUUUUCCACCAUUCCACCACUGGAUACAGGCGGCAAUAUCGAUACCAGGCACAUUACAAAAGGCUCGAAGCUGAUUCUACCUGUGCGUGCAGCCGGCGCCCUUUUCAGUUGUGGUGACGGGCAUGCUGCUCAGGGAGAUGGCGAAGUGUGCGGGUCAGCCAUCGAAACGCCAAUGCGCGUCUCUCUGCGUUUCAAUCUCCGGAAGCAAAACUUUUGGGUGCGGUCUCCGCAUUUCGAGUGUCCUCCAAAGGAACAGGAAAGAGUUCUCCCGGAUUGUGGAACGUACAAUACGAUGGGCAUCGACUCGAAUAUGCUCGAAGCCAGCCGGAAAGCUGUGCGCGCGAUGCUAGAAUAUUUGCAAGCGGAGAAGGGCAUGUCUAAGAUCGAUGCGUAUAUGCUUUGUAGCGUGGCUGUCAGUCUCCGGUUUGGCGAGGUCGUUGAUAUGCCGAAUUAUGCCAUCUUCGCGAGUCUUCCUUUGAAUGUCUUUGCAAGCAGCAGGCCGGCUACCAAUGGAACAUGA